AUGGUUGAUGCGGAUCCAGCAGUACAGACAGAUGGCAGUCCUCUAUGCUGCCAUUUCCACUUCAGCCCCAAGGUGAUGUUCACAAAGAGCAUCGACUUCAAGCAAGUGCUACACAGUUGGUUCCGCCAGCCACAGAGCAACUGGGGCAUCGAGAUCAACGCCUUUGAUCCCAGUGGCACAGACCUUGCUGUCACCUCCCUGGGGCCGGGAGCUGAGGGGCUGCAUCCUUUCAUGGAGCUUCGAGUUUUAGAGAACACAAAACGUUCCCGGCGGAAUCUGGGCUUGGACUGCGAUGAGCACUCAAGCGAGUCCCGCUGCUGCAGAUAUCCCCUCACAGUGGACUUUGAGGCUUUUGGUUGGGACUGGAUCAUCGCCCCUAAGCGCUACAAGGCCAACUACUGCUCUGGCCAAUGCGAAUACAUGUUCAUGCAAAAAUAUCCACACACCCACUUGGUGCAACAGGCCAAUCCAAGAGGCUCUGCUGGGCCUUGCUGUACCCCCACCAAGAUGUCCCCAAUCAACAUGCUCUACUUCAAUGACAAGCAGCAAAUUAUCUACGGCAAGAUCCCUGGCAUGGUGGUGGAUCGCUGUGGCUGUUCUUAA